AUGUUCUCAGUAUACAGUAAAGUUAUUCCCAGCCUCGCGUUCCGGCUGCACCAAGAGGACGCCCUCGAUGUGUUUAUGGAACAGGUCAAGGAAACGGGCUGGAUCGCUCGAAGUCGCGUGCUGUUUGGUGGGGGUGUUCCACUUAGGAAGGCAGGGCAGCGGGUGGCUGGAAAAGAGGCUUCGACCGAUGUUCUAGAAGGAACGUCAGUUUCCCGCCCGACUCUACAAGUUCGCGGACUACCAGCGAUCUUCAAAUUCCCCGGCUUGACCGAUAUCAGUACAGAUUAUGCCUUCCAUCUCAUCCACCCAGCCGUGCAUUCUCCUAACAGAGUUGGGUCCGUUGUGGAGUCCUUCGCUGGAGAAGCCGAUGGAGUACACGACGGAUCAGGUAUAGCAUAUUUCCGUCCCCGUCUCCAUAUCUGGUCCGCUGAUGCGGCAAUGAAGGAAAGCAAGCACCCGGCUUUCACCGCCGCGAAAGGCAGGAGGCCGCGAAGCCUCGAGUACAUCCUCUUGCGCAUCUCAAGCGAGAAGCCAAGCCGAAGGUCCCUUGCAGGGCCGAUGCCUUGA